AUGUAUGAAGUUUAUUUUUUAAAUGAAAAAGAAAAUUUUGAAAAAAAAAAGGAGAAUGAUGAUGAAAUAAAGAGUUCAUUAAUUCUUAAAAAUCGUUGUGUUGAUAUAGAAAAAAAAGCAAGGUUAGUUAAAGAAAACAUUUAUGAAGGAGGUUAUACAAUAUGGGAAUGUACAUGGGAUAUGUUGAGGUUUUUGCAUUAUGAAAAUUUUGAUUUUAAAAAUAAAAAUGUUUUAGAAUUAGGUUGUGGUCAUGGUUUAAUUGGGAUUAAAGUGUUAUUAGAUAAUGGAAACGUUGUUUUUCAGGAAUUAAAUAAAGAAGUGAUUAAUGAUAUUUUAUUGCCUAAUAUUAAAAAAAAUUUGAACAUAAAAUUAAAAAGAAAAAAGUUAAAAGACAAAAAAAAUUUUAUGAAAAUAAAAAAUGAAGGCUUAAAAUGUUUUAUAAUUAAUAAGAAAUGGGAUAAGUUGAAUAAAAAAUUAAAGAAGAAAAAAUUGAACUGCUUUGAUUUCAUUUUAGGAAAUGAAAUAUUAUAUAGAAAAGAAAAUUAUUAUCAUAUUUUAAAAAUUUUGAAAAAAAACUUAAAAAGAGAUGGAAAAGCUUAUUUUGGUUCUAAAUCGUAUUAUUUCGGUUUUGAAGAUGGGGCUGGUUCAAAUUGUUUUGUUGAUUAUGUUAAUAAUAAUAAAAAAUUUUUGUUUACUGCUCGAAUAAUUCAAACUAACAGAGAUAAAACAAUUUAUUCAAGAGACAUCAUAGAAAUAACUUUCAAAAAUGAUUAG